AUGCCACUGUACUUUUAUUGGGGACCUGAGAACAAAACUCCAUAUCCCCCCCCUGCCAUACGCAGUUGGGGCGCCUACCUCAUCCCGAAAGAAGUUUAUAACCCAAUACGCAAGGAUUUCCCGUGGGCUACCGGUGUAGCGCAGCGCAUGCCGCUUAUAGCUUCUACUGCCAUUUUCAAGGGUCGGCCGGUCUCUCCCUCCGCACCUUCCGACCCAUCAAGUGGCGCCAAAUGGGGACCGCCACCCUCUCCAAUUGCAAGCUCUAGUGCUGUUCCUUCUUUUGUUGUCGACCAAGGUACCUCUCAAAGGCCUGGCGAAUUGAUGUCCGAGUUCUUCGCUCGCAGGGAGAAGCAUUUUGAGCGAUAUGUCCUGAAAGAGACACAGACUCAAAGGCAAGCUCGACUCGCUCGUGAGGAGGCUGCAUCGCACCAACAAAUCCCUGGAAGGAGGGGAGCUCUCGUUUUCUACUGGGAAGAUGUCGACGGUAUUCACAUUCGUCGUUUCGGCACUCGCAAUCCGUCUCUUUGGCUACGUUACUCACAUAACCAGAGGCGGUACAAUUCAGCCUUCGAUGAAUGGGAUCUAUGUUCCGAAUUUGCCCCUGAGGAAGGCGCAUCUGAGCUUGGCGAUUACGACGAUAGCGAUGACGACGAUAUUCCACAUGCCGACCCCGCGGCUGACAAUACUGAUGUACGUCGUAGCGACGAUAUCGAUGCUUCUGCGAUUCCAAGCGCAUUCACAAUCCAUCUCGACGAUGAUCCAUUGUUGUCGUCGAUGACGCAACGGGGGCCCAAUCCCGAAAUGCGGCAUCUCUAUUCUCUUGACCAAGAAUCAGCUCCUCUCGACUCUGAUUUGGCUUCAGAAAUGCCUGAGUUCUCAGCCUUGCAAGUCGCAUAUGAAAUCUUUGGUUUCACUGACUCCGAAGAGGACCAAGGCCAAUCAUCAGGGUCACAGGUAGAUUGGGCUCUCGUCAAGAAGUGCAUGGGGGUGUCAUGGAAGGAUGUUGGAGGCUAUGUCGACGCAAAAACUGUAUCUCAUCUUUGCAAAUUCUUCCUUUGUCUAACAACGGCGUCGUCUUGGUUGGACAUGCCGCAGGGCCUUUUGGACAUCCGCCAAGCUGACAGCAUCGUCUCAUCAUAUUGGAUGGGUGAUAUUCCCUUCCACCUCGAACCGAAUGGCGACGCCAUCAGUUACGUUUUUGGAAGUUCGGCUAGGCUACAAGUCGUCGUCACAAACCCUCUCGCAGUAUUAUACGUCGCGCGGUGCCAUCGCGAUUGGGAUUCACAUUCUGUAUCUACUGUUGCAACGAAUCUCGCUGGGAUAGGAUUUCCAUUCUCCCUUCGUUUGUCCACUGGCGCAGGCUCAGUCCCGAUGUCUACAUCGGAGGGUAACAACGCCCUAGGAUAUCGUCCUGCUAAUUACAUUCCUAAUAAAUGGGACUAUUGUGCAUACAUUACUCGACGCGAUGCUCUCCUCAAGUCUCCUCGGGGAUGCUCUGCACUCAUGACUGGAGGACUAGUUGGCCGCAUGGCUCGUGCCCUCAUUCCCCCCGAUUUCUUCUCAGCAUUACUAUCUAGCGAGGAUAUCGACCCCGCCUUAUUUAGCCCUCUGACUUCGGCAGAGUUAGACUUGAUAUGCGGUGUAUACUGCCAGGAAACUGGCCAAGUUUCAUCAAAAGGGGAGAAACAGGUGACGCGAAAAUCCUGGUGGCCUCCCCAUCACCUAUGGGUUAAGCAACAGUUUGGCCUUGCUCAGUGGACGAACGAUGCCGAAGCUUGGUACCAACGCCGUCAUGAAAAACUCAGUUCGGGCAACUUCGAAGCUGCAGACCUUAUGAACGGUCCCUCUUGGAGGAGUGCCUUACGUCACACUCCGGCGGCAAAGAAGCUUAUAUCUCAAAUGGAAGGGCUGGCGGCAGCGUACAUACGAAGUAGGAUGGUUUUGUAG